CAAUUACGUACGAUAAUCAGUCCAUCUCCACACACGCCAUGUCCGAUCAAGACAGGAUCGAGCAGGCUUUGGCCUCCGUCGUUGCAGCCCCAGCAACUCUACAACUCCUGCGAGAGCUGCACAGCGAAGCGCUGGCUGAGCCCGCCUACGUUAGUACAGACAGUCAACCAGCAUCUGCUGCUCUGGACCGAUUCGUUGCGCUAGAGCCUGAGAAGUGCGCUAUAGUGUACCUUCUAUUGAGAGCUUCCGGGGCUACCAACAUUGUGGAAGCGGGUACUUCAUUCGGUGUCAGCACCAUCUACCUUGCCCUUGCGGCAAAACAGAACGCCUUGCUUAAGAAUGUCAGUGCGAAGGUAAUCGCAACCGAGAAUGAAUCUACGAAAGCUAUCCGGGCCCAGGAAAAUUGGAAAAGAUCUGAUUCAAGCGAUGAUGUAAGCGGUUGCAUUGAUCUUCGUGAAGGCGAUCUCAAGGAGACAUUGAAAACUGAUCUCCCUGAACCCAUUGAUUUUCUUCUUUUGGACAUCUGGUCGGCAUUGGCUCUUCCCACCCUCCAGGUCGUUCAGCCUCGGCUGAAGAAGGGUGCUAUGAUUGUUGCAGAUAACAUUAUAUCCAGCGCAGCAGGAUAUACGGACCUCGUGGAUUAUCUGUCAGACAAGAACAACGGGUUUCGUACUACAACUGCGCCUUAUGAUGGCGGCCUUCUCAUCGCCGUGUACACGGGAUAA